AUGUCUACCCAGGCCGAAGCUACACCCACACCGGUCAUCUUGACCAAGGACUACAUCCGGGAUGCCUUCAAGCACCUCGAAGAGGUCGAAGACGUCGAGCACAGAAACCUGUUCUUUAAGAAAUAUAUGGUAGAGGACGUCAAGUGGGAGAUUACAGGCAAUGGACAUGAGCUGGCUGGCACCCGGUACAGCCUGGCCGAGCACUCUUCUGCUUCUUUCACAAAAUUAGGAAAGAAACUGCAGAAGCCCAUCAAGUUUGUUGUUCGGAGCAUCAUCCUGGAGCCUGAUACCAGGUGGGCCUGCGUUGAAUGUCAGGGGUUUGCCACCAGGACCAACGGCCAGCCGUACAACAACGAUUAUGUGUGGCUGACGGAGUGGGAUGCCAAUGGGAAGAUCUUCCAUGUGCGGAGCUAUCAUGACACCAACCUCGCUGAGAAGGUCCUGCACGAGGCUUAG